AUGGAAGACAACGCGGCGAAGAUCAUCGGCUGUCAUGACAGCCUGCUGACGGACCCCAGGAUCGCGCAAGACUUCAGCGCAGAGACAGACGAGCUGCUGGCGGAGGCGGAGAAUCUCUUCAAGGUGGGCGACGGCGAUCUGGCCAUGGAGAAGCUUAUCGCCUUGGAGAAGAAGUGCAGACAAGCGUACGACGGAAACUCCACGAGCAAAAUUGUCCGAUUUAUCCUAAACCAGUACAAGCUAGUGGGUGACUACAAAAGGAUUAAUGAGUAUCUGGUGUUUUUUAAUAAGAAGAGAGGACAGCUCAAAAAAACCAUCAUCGAUAUGAUAAACCUUUGCAAGUUAUGGAUCCCGGAGGUGGAGAGCAAAGCAGAUAAGCUGAACCUGAUUAAUACCCUAUGCACGAUCAGCGAGGGAAAAAUCUUCGUCGAGGUGGAGCGCUCAGAAAUAGUGAGGGUGCUAUCCAAAAUGAAAGAGGACGACGGAGACAUAGAAGAAGCAGCCAACAUUUUGCAGGACGUCCAAGUGGAGACAUUCAUAUCGAUGGAUAAAAGGGACAAGACAGAAUACAUCCUGGAGCAGAUGAGGUUAGUCCUGCUAAGGAAGGACUUCAUUCGGUGCCACGUAAUCAGUCGCAAGAUAAACCCCGCGCUGUUAAAAGCUCCCGAAUUUGCCGAUUUGAAAUUAAAAUACUUCAUGUACAUGAUAGAGUAUCAUAUUAAUGAGGAGGCGUAUGACGAGGUAGCCAAAUGUUACGAGGAGCGAUUCAACACAGAACCCGUUUUGGCAGAUGCAAAUUUAUGGGUAGAAGAAUUAAAAUGCUACAUCAUCUUCUUAGCACUCUCCCCAUUUGAAGAGCAACAAACAAAAUUACCCAACUUACUGAAAACGGAAAAAAAGAAGUUAAAAGAAAUCCCCGUCUUCCAAAAUAUCGUCGAAGACUUUAUUAACAUGGAUCUGAUCCAGUGGCCCCUUCCCUACGAAGAGGAACUCCUUCACUUUUACAUCUUCGACGACUCGAAAUUUGUUGGGGGUCAGAACAGAUGGAACCUCUUUAAGAAGAAAGUCAUGCACCACAACAUCCACGUCAUAUCAAACUGCUACUGCCAGAUAUCGCUACUUCGCUUAUCCCAACUCCUCAACGCAUCUGUGGAAGACUCAGAAAACCUCCUAUCCGAAUUGGUCUCUAACAAGAUAUUGAAUGCCAAAAUAGACAGACUCCACGGAAUCAUUAAAUUCGGUCAGAAGAAAAACCCUGAAGUGUUGCUCAACAACUGGUCAUCACAGAUUCAUCAGAUCCUUAACCUCCUGGAGGAGUCCUCUCAUCUCAUACAGAAGGAACGCAUGCUUCACGAGGCCAAGCUGAAGCGUAUGCAGUUGGAGAGCAAGAAUAUGUCUCUUUAG